GGCACAUUGGGCUCGGUCGACGCUGGAAUGCUGGUUAAAGCUCUCCAGCAUGUGCGCAUGGCAUGUGAGCCAGCGCUGGCCUACUGACACACAUUUUAUGCAAAUGAGCCGCCUGGGCUCGGCGAUACGCGGGCGGAAAGCGAGGAAGAGAUGGGGAGGAGCAGGCGAGAGGUCUCACUCCCAGCCCCGUUUUUCCGACCGCUCUCGGCCUACAGUUUAGUUUGCUGGGCCCUUGAGCGCACGACGCGAAAAGGCGACGCGGUUUACUUCCGGUAACAACCUACACAAGUCAACAGAGUCGCGUUCUGCUCAAAUUAAAAUGGGAAUAGACCACUUUUAGGUUCAAACUUGUCAUUAUGAUGUAGAGCCUGGUCGCACAGUGUAAUGGCGAUUGUAAAACGACACCAUCUCCAAGCUGUCACCGUGUUAUUCUCCUGCGUGGUUUCCCUCGAAAAAAUGACGGCUUGAUUUACGGCAGAGAGGAAGUGCGUCACCCGUUGCGUAACCAGAAUGGCAGAAUUGACCAAAACAAGUCAACCUGGCAAGAGGAAAAAAGAGUCCCACUGAUGGAAGAGAAGGACAAGGAGAUGAAACAACAGUGAACCUCUGACGGACAUUGAGAGGCUUCAAAAACGACAUGGAGUUUGUCUUAUUUCUACCAGACCUUCUGGACCUGGUCAGGUCUUGGUCACUUGGCUCCUGGUGUCUUUCGGGCGCCUCCUCUCAUCAUCAUCCCUCUCACCGCUCCGUGGCCCCGACGGCAGAGAAGCCAGCAGCUGAGAGGGGCUGCAUGGCACCAGCUCGUUGACGUAGGCAGACGUAGGCAGGCGAAGACAGCGCAAACAGCGAGACAGUCCGAGAGAAGUCACCGGAACCAUCACCAGCACUUCUAGUCAUGGCAACCAACAGGGAGCAUCAAGUGCGUCACAUGACCGGCUUCCCCCGUGCUAUGUAUCCGUUCACCUUUAACUCCAUGAGGAGCCACUCCCCCUUUGACCUGCUGGCGAGUAGCCACCUCUUUGGCCGGUUCGGGGCCGACCUGCCCAAAGAGAUGGCGGCAUUGUCGGUGGAGACGCAGAGCACCAGUUCGGAGGAGAUGGUGCCCAGCUCUCCUUCUCCUCCUCCUCCUCCGCGGGUCUACAAACCCUGCUUCGUGUGCCAGGACAAGUCCUCUGGUUAUCACUACGGAGUGAGCUCCUGUGAGGGCUGCAAGGGUUUCUUCAGGCGCAGCAUCCAAAAGAACAUGGUGUAUACCUGCCACAGAGACAAGAACUGUCAGAUCAACAAAGUGACCCGCAACCGCUGCCAGUACUGCCGGCUGCAGAAGUGCUUUGAGGUGGGCAUGUCCAAAGAAGCGGUGCGUAAUGACAGGAACAAGAAGAAGAAGGAUGUGAAGGAGGAGGUGGUGCUGCCAGAGAACUAUGAGCUGAGUGGAGAGCUGGAGGAGCUGGUGAACAAAGUCAGCAAAGCUCACAAGGAGACCUUCCCAUCUCUGUGCCAAUUAGGAAAAUACACCACAAAUUCAAGUGCUGACCACAGAGUACAGCUGGACUUGGGCCUGUGGGAUAAGUUCAGUGAGCUCUCCACUAAGUGCAUUAUAAAGAUUGUGGAGUUUGCCAAGCGGCUACCAGGCUUCACUACGCUCACCAUCGCUGACCAGAUCACCCUCCUCAAAUCUGCAUGUCUGGACAUCCUGAUGCUGAGGAUAUGCACUCGUUACACACCGGAGCAGGACACAAUGACCUUCUCGGACGGCCUGACUCUUAACAGGACACAGAUGCACAAUGCCGGCUUUGGUCCACUCACAGAACUGGUGUUUGCCUUCGCUGGUCAGCUGCUGCCUUUGGAGAUGGACGACACAGAGACGGGGCUGCUCAGCGCCAUCUGCCUCAUCUGUGGAGAUCGUAUGGACCUGGAAGAGCCGGAGAAGGUGGACAAGCUGCAGGAGCCACUUCUCGAGGCUCUGAAGAUCUACACCCGCCGCAGGCGCCCCAAUAAGCCUCAUAUGUUCCCGCGCAUGCUGAUGAAAGUCACAGACCUCCGAGGAAUUAGCACCAAAGGUGCAGAAAGAGCCAUCACACUGAAGACGGAGAUUCCAGGGCCCAUGCCUCCACUCAUCAGGGAGAUGCUGGAGAACCCAGAGGCCUUUGAGGACAGCAGUGACUCAGGGGACAGCGCUGCUGCUGCCCCCACUACUCCCCCCGCUGCUGCCUCCGCUACUGCACCUGCUUCUGCCCCCGCAAUUCAAGCCAUCAAGCAAGAGGACAAAUCCACAUAUGAGUCGGCCGUCGAAGAGGAAGAGGAGGAGGAAGAGGAUGACUACUGGGAUGAGGAGAAAGAGCGAGGGGCGGACAGCGACGGGGAUCUGUGGGGGGAGGCGGCCGCAAAGAGAGGUGUGACUGGGAAAACACAGUGAGAGAGACACAACAACGACGCUGCUUCCUCCUCGAGAUCACUGAGCCCUCGCCCAGCAAUAUCUCCAAGAAGACCUCACAAUACUAGGCUCUUAUAUAUCAACAUGUUGCAUACAGCACAUAUUUACAUAUACUGUACAUAUUCUGGACUGGAAUGAAAAUGUGUUCAGUUCAACAUAGGAAACGUGGAACGGGAGAAGCAAAAGCACUAAAUGUCAGUGUGUUGAGGAGAACAGCAUUUUAAAAUCACUGUGCCAAACUGAGAUUGUCUAAAAAUAAAUUUCAAAAAGUGUUUCUUCCACGCGGAGAGGAACAAGACGUGGUGGACAGAAGAAAAUGCACUCCUCCGCUAUCUAUAAGGGCUAUGCUGUGUAUAAAAUUGAUGGUAAAAUACAUUGGAACAACAGAACCCUACAUGGUGUCCAUUUGCCACCAAUGUCUUCUCAAAAUUCCCUUUAUUACUAUUAAGAUAUACUUCUUAUUUUUUUUUUAUUGUACGGUUUUCCUUAGCAUGUAAACAUGUCUGUUUGUGGGACUGUCGUCCAGUCAUAUUUGACUGGACAUAUGUGUUGUUAAUUUUUUUUAAGCUUGUCUUUAAUUUUAUGCAUUUCUGCUUCAUUGUACACAUAUAAUACCCAUUAUAGGACGGAGCAAUAGAAAAGCAAGAGCAGGUCAUGAGCAGGACUCACAGUGUGACAAGCACAUGGUAUGUAAGUUAGUAAGUCUUUUAAUCUAUGGAAAUCGCUUAUGGUUAUAACAUCUAAAAGAGAUAAUAAUCACAAUAAUGUAAUUUCAACUCUGGUGCUUUUGAUCCAAAUAAGUUUUUUUUCGCAAAAAUGCAAAACAAAUGCAGCAACAUAUGUUCACCUCUCAACAAGAACAGACACUUAGAGGGGAGGAGGUUUCAUGUCAUCACACAGUCUCAGGUUGAUUCUAUCAGGGCCACGUCUUGUCUGGUGGGAACGCUCUGACGUAACUUCCCCAUCAAGAAAUAGGAAAGAUUAGAAAAUUGAAGUUGUUGACUAUCAUGUACUUUUCCCUUUGUACAGAAACCAGGUACAGCUAAGCCAUAUGAUUUUUAUUUUGUAAGAGUCAAUCAACUAAACAGACCGAACCCGUAAAAGCUGUUUACGUCACAAAACCUCAGGUGUGUGUGUAUAUGUGUGUGUGCGUGCAUGAGUGUGUAACAGAGCAUUUACAGAUACAUAGUGGUCUUGUGCGGAUAUGAUGUUGCUGACGUUGUCGCCAUAAUCCACAGUGAGCAUUCAUGCAAAAGUCAAAAUAAUAGUAUUUUGAAAACACACCCAAUAUUGGCUAUGUAGCAAAAUAAAUGCUUUUAAAGGAUUUUCAAGAAAUCAUUUGCACAACGAUGUCUGAAGGACAGAAGGACGUUGAUGCAAGCUGAUCAAAACAAAACGCAGAAGAGCGAUAAAGAUUGCACUUCACGUUUGACGUUGCAGCCGUCCGACACAAUAACUAACAAAACAAAACAAAACAUUGACAUUGGAUGACCUGCCUGCUGAGGAAUAAUACGGUAGCUUCACAUGGUGUGCGUUCGUGUCUGCUGUAAUGAGUGAUGCAAAAAACAUUGAUUUUGUAAUAAAUAUCUACAAUGUGUUUUUCAUGGAGACUAUGCAAGCUUUUUAUGCAGUAUGUAUGAAAUUGCCAUUAUUUGUGUAAUGAAAGAAAGACAACGCAAGUCUCAUUGAAAUCCUCUGGAAAAGAUUCUCCAUCAUCAGCACGUUGUCGGUCGCAGCGUGGAAACAUUGCAACAAGUGGUCGGUGUAGUUCGUCAAUAUGAGGGAUAAUUGAUUUGUUUCAAGUGUUCAGCAAAAAAACAGCUCCUGUAUGACCAUUGUGACCAUAUGCACCAAGCGUAAAGACACGGCCGUCGAUUCAAGUGUUUAAUAAUCAACACAGACACAGUUAUCAAUAUUUUUUUUUAAGACUAUUGGGAUUUUGUUACUGAGGGAUAUAAACAUCACAACCCCUGAGGUAAAACAUACGUUAUCUUUAGAGUUCUCUUCCUCUGUCACACACACACGUAGAUGCACACGAUAUUUUGCACAUCAUCUGCUAAUUCUACAUACUAUGUUAUUUAGUAUUUAAAACACAUAUCCAUGAUAUUUCAUAAUAGUAUUUUUUAAAAUCUAUUUCUCAAACUUUUCUCAAAUGUUGAGCUGGUGCAAUAAAUAACACUACUAGGAGACCACAAAGGGCCCAGGCUCUACACAAACACAUGAGUAAAUAACGGAAAAAGACCAAAGACAGACAGACAUACAAUUUGGACAGAAACAAAACAACUCAUUAAUAAAAACAACUUUAAAUAUAUUUGGGCCGUUGAUGUAAAAUAUAUUCAUUUUGAAUUGUGGGAUUGAAGAGAUGUAUUACCAUUAUCAUCUUACCUUUGAAGCUGGAAUCGUUUUAUCUCUUUAUUUUUUAUGUUUAAUUGUUGUUGUUUCUUUUUAAUCUGAUGUCUUUAUGUAACCACAGACUCUGUAGUGUACAAAUAACUUGUCUUCAUGUUCAGGGAUUUAGACGCCUCAUGAGAUCUGUUUCAAUAUGUCUUGUACCAAAAAGAGCUCUGACACACACACACACACACACACACACACACACACACACACACACACACACACACACACACACACACACACACACACACACACACACACACACACACACACACACACACACACA